UGCCUCGCCGGGAUGCGGAGCCGCCGUCCUUGCAGCGGGGAGGGCACCGGGGAUGCUGAGCUCCGGCAGGAUCGAUCCCUGUCCGUGGGGUUCAGAGCUCAGAAUCCCUGUCCGUGGGGUUCAGGAUCCCUGUCCGUGGGGUUCAGGAUCCCUGUCCGUGGGGUUCAGAGCUCAGGAUCCCUGUCCGUGGGGUUCAGGAUCUCUGUCCGUGGGGUUCAGGGCUCAGGAUCCCUGUCCGUGGGAUUCAGGAUCCCUGUCCGUGGGGCUCAGGAUCUCUGUCCGUGGGGUUCAGGGCUCAGCACUGGGGAUGCUGGACCCCGGCAGGAUGGAUCCCUGUCCGCAGGGCUCAGGAUCCCUGCCCGUAGGGUUCAGAGCUCAGCACCGGGGAAUCCCGAGCCCCGGCAGGAUGGAUCUCUGUCCGCAGAGCUCAGAGCUCAGGAUCUCUGUCCGUGGGGUUCAGCACCGGGGGAUGCUGGAGCUCCGACAGGAUGGAUCCCUGUCCGUAGGGUUCAGAGCUCAGGAUCCCUGUCCAGAGGGUUCAGUACCGGAGAUCCCGGGCUCCGGCAGGAUGGAUCCCUGUCCGCAGGGCUCAGAGCUCAGGAUCUCUGUCCGCAGGGCUCAGAGCUCAGGAUCCCUGUCUGUAGAGUUCAGCACCGGGGAAUGCUGAGUCUGGCAGGAUGGAUCUCUGUCCGCAGGGCUCAGGGUUUCUGUCCGCAGGGCUCAGGGCUCAGGAUCUCUGUCCGCAGGGCUCAGAGCUCAGGAUUUCUGUCCGCAGGGCUCAGAGCUCACCGGAGCCCUCCCCAGGCUGCGGGCCGGGCUCGGGGGCUCUCGCCAUCCCCCCCGCUCCUGUCCCUGCCCAGAGCCCGCUGCCCUGGCCCCGGCUCGGUGGCGGGGGAGGAGCCGGAGCCGGGCUCGGAGCAUCCCCUGCCCUGCUGCAGUGCUGCCUCCUCCUCCUCCUCCUCCUCCUCCUCCUCCGCAUCCAGCGCCGCUCCCGGAGCGCUCCGGAGGCGCUCGGUGAUGCCAGCCCGGGCAGGGAGCGACGAACCGGCCACAUUAACCCCCUCCCUGCCGCAGUAACCCUUUCCUGGCUGCAUUAACCCUUUCCUGGCCGUAUUAACCCUUUCCUGGCCGCAUUAACCCUUUCCUGGAGGCAUUAACCCCCUCCUGGCUGCACUAAUGCCCUCUUGGCUGCAUUAACCCCCUCCCUGCCGCAUUAACCCCCUUCCGGCUACAAUAACCCUUUCCUGACUGCAUUAACCUCCUCCUGGCUGCCUCAAUCCCCUCCCGGCUGCAUUAACCCUUUCCUGGCUGCACUAAUCCCCUCCUGGCUGCAUUAACCCUCUCCUUUCUGCAUUAACCCUCUCCUGUCUGCCUCAAUCCUCUCCUGGCUGCAUUAACC